UGUUAUGAACUAAAUAAGCUGCUUAAAAUACCUUGUGCACUUUGUUCGUUAGGAAAUAGCAAAUAUGAGUGAUUUUAGUAACCCAUUUUAUUGGUACACAAUUUAGUUACUUGAUUAUUGUAGUGUUUACUUUACUAUUACAAUGGCUGAACUGAAUGACGACACGAUUGCUUCUGUGCUUCAAGACAAGGAAAAUUUUGAUAGUUUAUUAGACAAAUCUUCAUCAUCUUCAAGUUCCUUCGAUACUUUAUUAGAGAAAUCUCCCCUCAAGUCUGAUAAUCAGAGAAAUAACCCCACUUCGGACGAUGGUUCAAGUAGUGACGAUGGGGCCGUAAAAAACGUCAGAAAACGAGUCAAGCGCUUUUCCGACAGCGACAGUGAAGUAGAGGCAGAUAAGGAAAAUUUACAAACUAAUUUGACAGCAACUAAGAAAGCAACUAAACCACAAAUUCCUUCAGAAAGCGAAGAUGAUAUGUUUUUGCGAAAAUCUAGAUUGGUUGCUAAUAACUCCAGUGAUGAAGAUAUCACGUCAUCUAAAAAUAAAGGUGUGAUAAAUGACAAAAGUAAGAAGAGGGGUACAGAAAAUACAAAAAAUAGGUCUACAUCACCAGAGAAAGUUAGUAAAUCAAAUGGUUCAUCGGGUAGUGAAGAUGAUAUACUUCCGCGCGAAUCUAGCUUGGAUUCUAGCGACUCCAGUGAUAAUAAUGUCACUAGUAAAAAUAAGAGUACCAGAAAAAGUAACAACAUUAAACUAUCACCCAGGAAGGCUAGUAAAUCAAAUAACACAUCAGAUAGUGAAGAUAUAUUGCCAAGGAAGUCUAGAGUGUUCCCUAAUGCUGACUCUAGCGAUGAUAACUCUAGGAGUUCCGGGAAAAAUAACAAUAGCAGUAAGACGAGAACACCUAGCAAAACUUAUGAGCCUAAUAUCUCAGGUAGUGACGAUGAUAAAAUACCCCGAAAGUCUAGAUUGAUUACCAAUGAGGAUUCCAGUGAUGAUAACAUGUCAUCAAAGAAUGAGAGUGUCAGGAUAAGUGACAAAAGAAGUAAACUGCAUAAUAAGUUUAAAGGGCUGCUCAACUCUCGGUCCAAAGGGCCAGAGUCUCAGCAUUCAAAAUCAUCAGAGGAGAAAGAUGGCAGUAACUCUGAUGACUCUGGGUCUGGGAUAGAAUCUAUUAAACAGAAAAUAAAGCAGAAGUCUAUGCUCUUAAAGUCCGGAAUUUGUGAUCCUGACACCUCAUCCGAUGAAGAGGACAGAAAAGUCCAGAAUCAAAGGAAAAAGAAGCCAAGCCAAAAGUCUACUAUCAUGAUAUCCCCACAAAAAAAGCCAAAACCAGCCAGGAUGUCAGCAAAGCAAGCAAUGGAGAACAUGCAAAAGAUAAAGAGUGAAUCAAACCGGAUGCUAAGAGAAAAGGAAGUGUCUCUCCCGUACCACAGACCUAAAGCAUUAUCGCUGAAAGACAUGAUGAACAGGAGGAGGCCUGCCUUGUCUGCUGACGGUAAAGCUUUGCCGGUGAAGAUGAACAGUGAGCAGUUGAAGCAAUAUGUUAAAUUAUUGGAACAACGAAAUAAAGAAAUGAUGGAGCUAUGUAAGAGUGAAUCUGAAGAAGAAGAGGAAACGAAUGAUACUCCAACGGAAAAUAAUAAAGAACCAGAUCCUCAAGUUGGUGCUCAACGUGACAAGGUAGCAAGUGAUGAAAAUAAUGUACUCCAGAAUGAUAAUAAAUCCGAAGAAAAUGCUGCAGAAAUUUCUGUCAAUGAAACAGAAGAAACUAAUGAAAAUGACUUACCAGAUUUGACAGUAGAAAUAGUUCGAAAAGAUCCAGAUUUGUCAAAUGUUAAUAUUGGUCAUAAAGAUUUGUCCAAAACUGAUGUUAGUGAUAGAGAUAUGUCAAAUACUGAUGAUGGUGGUAAAAACAUGUCCAAUAAUCACAUUGCUGAACAAGAUGAUGAUGUUGAAAUAAAGGAUGCUUCCGAAGAAAGCAUUACAGAGUCUGAACCUAAUACCAAGCUGGCAACUGCAAUCGAAAGCCAGUUGAUGGAAUUACGGUUUGAAACAGAAAAAAUGCAGAAUACGGAAUAUCUAGAUAAGGCACAAGAUUUGGAAAAUUCUUUGGCAAUUAGAGCUAAAAAUUCAAAUCCUUCCAAUGAUGAUAAUAACAGAAAAAAUGACGUAGAAAUAGAGACAAAUAAAGCCGAGAACGAAGAUGUUGAAGACAAUUCACAUGAUGCUGACUUUGAUGACGAUUUUGAUGAUGUUGAUAUCAAUAUGGAAGACUUAGAAAGAAUUAUUAAUAAUGCAAAAGAUAAUGCUACUGCAGUCGACUCGCCAAUGCUUAUUAGAGAUGCUUAUAAUUUAAAUAAGAAACCGAAACUUACGGGAGCUCCAGGGAUGAUGAUUGAUUUAGAUGGCAGCAAUCCUGCAGUGCCGAGAAAACUUACUGGUGUAGAACUAUUGAAGGAGAGGUUUACAUAUUUUUCAAAAUUGAAAACACCCGAAGAAAAGGAAAGGGAAAGGGAAUUAACGAUCCAACCAGGAAUGCAACAUUUUAAACUAAAACAAGAAUUAGAAGAAAAAAUUUCCGAACAGAGAUCCCUUGAAUGGGCAAAGAGGUUGGAAGAGGAAAAACAACAGCAUGAAGAAAUGAACGCUCUCAGGGAAGAUGACUCCGAUGGUGACGAUUUGGAGAAGAUUGAGGCGAAACUGGAAGAAAAAGAAGAUGUAGUGAAAGAUGCAUCAUCAGAAAGUGAAGAAGAGGAGUUGGAGGAAGACGAUUGUGAUAUGAAAGAUAAACCAAGAAAAAAGAAUGCUAUGAUCGAUGACGAAGCUGAAGUUUCCGAGGACGAAGAAGCAGGUGAAAAGGCCAAUGAAGCUAAAGGUAACGUUGAUGAUAUAGAGGAUGCAGAUAACGAAGACGAGGAUGAAGAAAGUGAAGAAUCUAGUGACGAAUCAUCUGAUGAAGAAGAAAAUCAAUCAAAACCCAAAAAGGGAAGAAUUUUGAAAGCGUUUCAAGAUUCUGACGAUGAAAACAGUAACUUACACGAAAAUCCCGUUGGUGCUGUUGAUUGCAGUGAAGUUAAUCAUGUCCCUACAGAUAGUCAAAUUGUUAAAGAUUCCCAAGAUGAUGUAAUACCACUAGCUCAAACAAAACAGUCACAUUCAAAAGACUUAUUUGGUAGCCAGGCAAGCAUUAAUCCCAGUAGUACAAGCGAAGAGACAAAGAAAAAUUCUGAUGAAGACUGUGCUGAUAUGACCACUCAAACCUUCUCUAUUUUAAACACUAAUACACAAGAACUAACUACUACUGAAAAUGUUUUUAAGUUUAACAUUGAUGUUAUUUGUGAAACACAACCUGUGGAUGAGCCAAGUUUAGAUGAUGUUGUUGGAAUGUGUUCUGGAAAGUUCACUCAGACGCAAAAUAUAAUACCCGCCGAAUCACAACUGACUGAAUCGCAAUGCCCUAUCGGCGAAGACAUCCUCGCACUGUGUACUGGCAAAUUCUAUGAUAACCAAUUUGUAUCUCAAGAAGAUGGACUAGAAAAAGAUACAACAACUAAUACUGAGAAAGAACCUAUUGAAAAACAAGAGGAAAAAGAUCUACUUGAUUCCAUUCUUCAAGAAAUGGAUGAGCCAGUUGAAGAUUCCAAUAGGAAUAAAAUAAUAUUUGAUAAUGGUACUGGAAAUGAAGCAGUUUCCUUUGAUGCUGUAAAUCAUAUGAGAAAGAAGUUCACUAUUGACAGUGAUGAUGAAAGUAAUGCAGAUGCAGAAAAACCAGCUAAGAAGAAAAAAUUAAAGAAAAGGAAACUUGAGAAGCGGGCUCUUCAAAUAUCAGAUGACGAAGAUGAAGAAGAAUUGUUGCAGUCCGACGAAGGUGAAGAUUACAUGUCGGAAGUUGAAGAAGACAACGGAGUAGAGAGAAUAGUUGAAUAUGAUUCCGAGGAGAAUGAGGCAAAAGUGAAGCCUCAAAAACAAAAGAAGAGUCGCAAGAUGGCGGAAUUCUUCGAGAACGAGGCCGAGCUGACGUCCGAGGACGAAUGGGUGGGGUCAGGAGACGAGGAUGAGAGAGGCCUCGACAGAAUGGAGCGCGAGGAGGGCGACGACGACACGUUCCACCAGGGGCAGCUGCAGCGAGAGCUGGGGCAGAUACACAUGCGUGAUGUUUUGGAUCAAGACAAGCGAGAAGUGCGUCUGAUUCAAGAGCUGCUGUUCGAAGACGGUGAUCUGGGUGAUGGUGGACGGCAGCGGAAAUUCCGGUGGAAGAAUCUAGACGGUGAGGACGAGCCUGGUGCCGUGCCUGAGUUGUUUGCCGAAAGUCAGGAAGAGGAAUUCGAAUCUGAAGAGCAGUGGAGAAAGCAGAGGCACGAACGGGAAGUCUUCCUUAGGAACUUGAAAGAAAAAGAUACAGAAGAGCACAACAUCAGUAUAGACCGAAGCACCAUAAUCAAGGCGAACCUCUGCUCCCGAACCAUGUCCAGUGUGCUGAUGGAAGCCAACGGGAACAGUGCGAAGGUGGAAACUGUGGUGGUGGAAAAGAAGGUUGUGGGGGAUGAACCGGCUCGCAACUUACCUUUACACGUGUUUCAGCAAAACUACCACGGUUCUCUACUAACGCGAGGCCGGGGCGCGCUAGCGAGGCUAGCCGCACUAGCGAUGCCUCUAGCCGGCGAGGCCGACGACCAACCCAAGACCACCGGCCCCAGUAGCAAGAGGAACUUUGUGUUCGCUGCUGUCACUCCACCUGCCAAGGAAGCUAAGGCGUCGAAGCGUAAAGCUGACAACGUGAACAUCGGAACACCAAGGCUGAUUAAGAAAUUCAAGACUGACGAAAAGAAAUUUCCUAAAGACAAGUUGUUUCCCUACGCCGAGGAGCAUGUUCAGAAGUUCCUCGAGAAGGAAUGGGAGAAGGAAGACGUGAAGGAGGCAGUGGGGGCUUUGAGGAAGCUGGCUCUUGAAGACCAGGAGAAGAAAGUCGACGGAGCAGUCGCUAUUCCUGGAGAGGAUGCGUCAAAGGAGGAGCAGAUUGGCGGCCUUGUCAGCAGCGUGAAAUGGCUGAUGUCGUCGGACCGCAAGGCAGGAGCGCUCAAACAACUGCAGGGCCUUAUCUGGAAGCAGGGCUACGACAACGGGGACAUUAAGGGACACGUGUACGACGACGUAGCAGGCGCCCUCGACCAAUGGCGCUCCACUGAAGGCCACAAAGUCUACAUCUACUCCUCCGGCUCCGUGCAGGCGCAGAAACUCCUCUUCGGCCAAUCCCUCGCCGGGGACCUGCUGCCACGCAUUGAUGGCCACUUUGACACCGCUGUGGGACAAAAGCAGGAGGCAGCUAGCUAUACUACUAUUGCGGAAAAGAUUGGGGCCAAGCCGGAGGAGAUCUUGUUCCUUACUGACAUUAUUGAAGAGGCGACGGCCGCGCGCGCCGCCGGGCUGCGCGCCGCGCUGGUGUCCCGCGCCCGCAACGCCGCCCUGCCCGAGUCGCACACGUUCCCGGUCCUCCACACAAUGGCGCAGCUCUCCAGCAACAAGCGCAAGCCCCCGCAGGAGGAGGAGGAGGAAACGCCCGCCAAAGUACCCAAGACGGACGCGGAGAAAGACGUAAAGGAGACCGCCGAGGCGGCCACCGCGGCCGUCGCGCCUGACACUAAACCGGAGAAGAUGGAGGUCGAGGCUCCCGCACCCGCCGCCGCCGCAGAGGAGCCCGGCGAGGUGGUCACCACCAUCGAGGAGAUCACCGACUCCAACGAGGCCGGCGACGCACCCAUGCUCGACGUCGAACCCGUAGUGGAGGAGGACACCAAGACUGAAGAGAAACAGACUGACGCUAUCAGUGGCCUCGCUAAGGCCAAACCUGAAAAUGGCGAAACUGAUGCGAAACCAAAGGAAGAUGUGAAGAAGGAGAACGGGGAGGCCGAGGAGACCCCUCCCGCCUCCACACCGGUCAUCGAGGAGGUCACCCUCGAGAAGGACGCGCUCGCCGAUGUAGUGGAUGAUCCAGUGCCAGUUGUCGAGGAGCCCCCGGCGGCCGAGGACAUGGAGGUGCUCCAGAACGUCGGGGAGGUGCUCGACAAAGAGUGCGACGAGAUCCUCUCCAAGGUGCAGGACGUCACAAACUUAGAUAGUAUCCCCGUUAAACCCCUCCUGAACCCCAUCGCCGAGGAGACUAUGGAGACUGAAAAUACAGAUACCAACGAUAUUGUCGAAAGAAUACUAGAUACCGAGUUGGAGCUAGAAAUGAAACAAAACGAGAUUUUGAAUUCGGCGGCCGGCAAGGAUAGUGAGGCUAAAGCGAAAAAUAGUGUUGACGAUGAGGCUGAUGUCAAACAGGCUAACGGAGUAGAGGAUAAAACUGCGGACAAAAUUGUACAAUCGGAAAAGAAAGAGGGGAGUAGUUCUGUGGAAGUCGCGACGGAAGUAAAACCAGACGUGAGAUGUGUAGAAACACAGGUAGAACAUAAAGAGAUCGUGGAAACCGGAUCCGCAACAGAAAGUAAAGAGGCAGAGAAUGUAAAGGUGACUGAAAAAGAGGAAACGCCCGAGAAAACUGUUGAAGAGAGCAAAGUCGAGAAAAACAAAACAGAGUCUGAAACUAUCGAAGAGAGGAAGCCCGUAGAGAAAAAACCGGUAGAAAGCUCGGCCGUAGAACCCCAGCCCGCCGACAGCGCGACCGCCGAACAAAAGGAAAACGAAACUAGCAAACCGAAAGAAACGAGCAAACCGGAAGAAGCGAGCAAACCGGACGAAACGAGCAAACCGGACGAAACUAGUGAACCACGAAUGAACGGCAAAGCGACAAACGGGGACGCGCCUAAAAUGAAUGGAGACUCCGAAGACGCCAGCUCUAGACUUCCAGUCGUGAACGGCAAAGCGACAGAGAACGGGGCUAACGGCGACUCCAUGGACGCCUCGCAAGGGCAGGCGCAGGCGCAGGCGCAGGGCGACGGCAAGGCGGAGGAGCCCGCCGACAUCAAGCUCAAGGCCGCCCCGCCCGUCGACUCCACACCGACCAUCGAACAGCCCACGGAAGCAUAAAGCUGACACGAGGAUGGCGAACGGAUUUGUAGGGCUUCGUAAAGUGUAUGGUCCACAUCGGAAUGACAAGACUGAGGUUGCUUCCACGCUGAACGGCAUCACUUCCUAGUUUAUACGUGUAUUAAAAUUUAACUGUGUACUACGCGGCGGCCGCCCGUGCCUGCUACCCGUGUGAACUAAUUAAAACACAAUAAUUUAAGUCUAUUUUUAAAGCGACUGACACGUUAUUUGGUAUAUAAAAAUGUCAUUAUUGAUAUAAGAAAUACAGAAUACUCGGAUAUGCUUAGCUUACAUUUUCUUUUUUACUGAAUCUCAUUAGAAAUUAAUUCAUAUACAACGCACAUUUUUGUCAUUCUGGAGGUGCCAAAUAAAUCCUCAAACGACGAUGUUUCGUUAAGCAUGUCUGAGUGUUUCGUUCGCUUGCACAUUCCUUCGUACGCUAAUUGUGAUGUGUUGAUAUCCGGGCAGAAGGCACGGGCCGCCUCAGUUUCUCGUAUGUGACUAAGGUAACUAUUCAUAAGUAUUAACUGUAUUGUGAUUCUUAUUCUGUAUUGAAUUUCCUAAAUUUCAUCCACUGCCCAACUGAUUGUAUGGUUUCAUUUGAAGUUGGAUUAUAAAAUUGUACUGUGAUAGAUAAAAUGGUGUGGUGCUUGUGAUUUGGAGGCUGUGCUAGUGUGGUACGGUACGUGGUAUACAGGGAUAGACUUGGUUUUUGUUUCCUACUUGUUUAAGCUCUAACGCACACUUCGUGAUGUCAAUUAUUUUAAUGUUUUAUUUCAACGACUUUCUGCCAUGGUGCAUAUUAUAUUUUAAAUAUUUGAUUGCUCGUUCGUCUUUAUAGACCAUUAUUGAUGUAAGUUUUUUUUAUGAUUUAUGUAGCUUUAAAUGUAAUUUCUUUAGCUUUAAGACUGUCUUGUUAGGAUGCCGUGCGGGAACAAUUUUAUGAACCAACUUAAAAUGAAAAACUAUUAUUUUGGUCUAGACUGAUUUUUUAAUAAUUUAAUUAAGUUUAUAAUACCAUUUCGCCAUACAGUUGGGUCACACGUGGUCUAUAGCCUACGCGAGGAGGGCCCGGCGAAUGUUAAGUCUGCCUAGACUUGUGGCAGGGGCAAGGCGAAAAACAGAAAAAAGAAAUCGUCGUAUACCUACAACUUUUAUACAAACUUUUUUUUUAAUUUUCCGCCUUUCCUGCUGACACAAAUAUCUGACAAAGACAAUUCGCAGUAGUUCUGUAGAACUUUAGUUUUUCCAACAAGACUAGUUGUAUAGACAAAGACGGAAACUGCCCGCGUAGGCUGUAGACUACGUCUGUAAGAUAAGCUCCUUACGAUUAAUAUUAAGAAAACAUACUAUAUCUAGUUCAUACAUUUUCUACGUCGAAAAUGGACAGGUCUUGAACGUAAUUGAAAUAAUUUAAUUGUCAUGAUUGCAUUAUGACGUUGAAAUAUAAUGGAAGUAGAAUUUUUAAA